GUAAAAUAUUAUUCUUAUUUUUUUGUUAUGACACAAUAUAAAAUAAAUAGUAUUAACUGCAGUUUAACAAACAACAAAAAAAUGUACCUUAUCUUCCAAGCAUUCAUUCACUCCAUCCAAAUCUCUGUACCUUAUUGCUAGUAAUCAGCUGGCAAAUGUGCAUUUUAUGGCAACCCCACUUGCAAUUAAAUUGCCCCAUUUUUCCAUACCUCAAAUCAACAACACUCCCAUAACAAAAACCGAUGCCCAGUUGAUUCUUGAUCCGUUCCAAUUUCAUUACCAGACCCCCGCAAAAACUUUUACAGUGUUUGGUUCUUUAUACCAAAUGAUUUCUUGUUCUUUUGGGUAAUCCUGAAGAGGGUCACGUGAUUUUUCACGAAAUAUUGCGUUCCUUAUCCUGAUUGAGGCUGCGGGCCCUGCAGAUUUUGUCUGAGUAAUUUGCAAAUAGUUUGAAAUAAAGUUCGGUGAGUGGAAUUUGAGAUCUGGGUUUUGUGUCGGUGAUCAAUGGGGAGCUCAGAUGAGAGAGUUGUGGCUGUGAUCAUGGUGGGUGGGCCCACUAAAGGGACCAGAUUCAGACCGUUAUCGCUUAACAUCCCGAAGCCACUUUUCCCUUUGGCUGGACAGGCUAUGGUUAAUCAUCCAAUAUCUGCCUGUAAACGGAUUCCAAAUCUAGUACAGAUUUACCUUAUUGGUUUCUAUGAGGAGCGUGAAUUCGCAUUGUUUGUAUCCUCGAUAUCAAAUGAGCUCAGAGUUCCUGUCAGGUACUUGAGAGAGGAUAAGCCGCAUGGUUCGGCUGGUGGACUUUAUAAUUUCAGGGAUCUAAUCAUGGAAGACAACCCAUCACACAUUUUUCUGCUGAAUUGUGAUGUUUGUUGCAGUUUUCCACUGCCUAAGAUGUUAGCUGCAUUAAGACGUGUAUCCAGCUUUGAGGCUCUUCAACCAGCAGACAGGAGUCUCCCGACAGAUUUUGUUCGACUGGAUCAAGAUAUUCUGUCGCCACUUGCCGGAAAAAAGCAGUUAUAUGUGUAUCAAACUUUGGAUUUUUGGGAACAAAUCAAAACUCCUGGAAUGUCCUUGAAAUGUUCUGGAUUAUAUCUUGCCCAAUUUAGGGUAACUUCACCUCAGCUCUUAGCAAGUGGAGAUGGUACAAAAAAAGCUAUAAUUUCUGGCGAUGUUUAUAUUCAUCCAUCGGCUAAAGUGCACCAAACUGCAAAGAUUGGUCCGAAUGUUUCGAUAUCUGCUAAUGCUCGGAUAGGAGCUGGUGUGAGGCUUGUGAACUGCAUUAUUCUUGAUGAUGUUGAAAUCAAGGAAAAUGCUGUCGUGAUUCAUUCAAUUGUUGGAUGGAAAUCUGUCAUUGGAAGGUGGUCAAGAGUCCAGGCCUCAGGAGACCACAACGCGAAGCUUGGGGUUACGAUUCUUGGUGAAUCAGUGACAGUUGAGGAUGAAGUUGUAGUGAUCAACAGCAUUGUCCUGCCAAACAAGACUCUGAAUGUUAGUGUUCAAGAAGAAAUUAUACUCUAGACAAUGUGUACUAUGGACAACUAUAAUUUUCUGAUGCAUUGUUCCAUUUUAAGUUUCUUUUAUACAUAUUUGGUAUCCGGGGACAGCGUGUAAAUGACUUAUUUCAUUUUUGAAUAAAAAGAUUUUGAUAUAGAAACA